AAUCUAUCGUGUUCUAAUCACUCGCACACGUUCAGACUACACUGAUGUUUUGUUAUCACUUUCUCACGAGUUGAUCAUUAACUGAGCUUCUGCGAUGAUCAUAGCGGUCACUGAUUUUACGUGUUUGUUUGCAGUCUGACUGGGUUUGUGGCGCGCGGAUUCAUUAUGGCAGCUCUGCGUGCAGCAAAACAAGCUUUGAGAAGAGAAAUCAAGGGUCGAGUGGCGGCAGUGAGUGAUCAGGAGAAACUGAGACAGUCUCGAGUUGUCUCUCAAAAGUUGUUCAGGCAUCCCAAAUACCUGUCCAGCCAGCGUGUCGCUGUCUUCCUGAACAUGCAUGACGAGGUGCGCACACAUGACAUCCUGCAGGACAUCUUCAAGAGGGGUAAAGCCUGCUUCAUUCCCAGAUACUUCACCCAGAGCAGUCAUAUGGACAUGUUACGACUGCGAGACAUGGAGGAGGUGAAGAUGCUGCCCCUCACGUCCUGGAACAUCCAGCAGCCAGCAGACGACGACUGCGACAGAGAGGAAGCCCUGGCCACAGGAGGACUAGAUCUUAUCCUCAUGCCUGGUUUGGGAUUUGAUAAGAAGGGGAAUCGGCUUGGCAGAGGAAAGGGUUUCUACGACACGUAUCUGGAGCGCUGUAGGACGCACCCAAAGGGAAAGCCGUACACCAUCGCCUUGGCUUUCAAAGAGCAGCUGUGUGCUGAGGUCCCAGUGGGGGAACAUGAUAUUCUUAUUGAUGAAGUCCUCUAUGAAGACGAGGAAUGAACUGCAUCAGUCAGACCUUGAUUUCAGCGCUGCUCAGAGUCUUUUGAAUUCAAAUGAUUCCUGCGACAUUGAUCCCGUUUCUGAAUAAAAUGCAUUAAAUCUCUUUGGAUGCAAUCCAUAUUCUCGAAUCAAAUAAUGUCUGGGGACUUCUUUCAGAGAAGAGCUUCUGUAUCAGCAUAAGAAUUACCAAAAGGCUAAAUAUGCAGUCUGUCCUGACAUUAAAGGAACAGUUCACUCAAAAACGGAAAUGUGGCCUUUUUUUAGUCACUCGUGCUGUAUUAAAUGUCGUUGUUUUUCUAUGAAACAAGGGGAUUUUUUUUUUUAAUCUUCAUAUGGUUAAUCCUAAUUCACUGUCACCAUUAAAGUGCUCUCUAUUACUUUUGCACUAUAUUCAUAGUCCGUUGGUUUGAGGAACAGACUGAAUAACGAAAAGUCAUUAUUGAAUGAAAACUCCUCCACUGAAGCUCUGAAAUGUUCUUCACUACAUAUUUCUGAUUUGGUGUGCCCAUGUUUGGUUACAGCAUGUGCUAAAAUUACAGUGACUGUUUUCAAACUAGUUAUUUUAAUUUUGAGAGAAAGCUAUCAGUAUUAACUUUAAUUUUAGCAUGUUCCUCAGACAGGAUUCAGAAGACAUUUGCGGCACUUUUUCUUGUUGUUUUCUUUGUCUUUUUUGGAGUUUGAAAUCUGUGUUCCACAGAAAAUGUACAUAUGCAGGAUGGAAAUUACAUGGGAGUGAACGAAUAAUGACAAUUUGCAUUUUGGGUAAAGAAUAAAGAUUGCUUCAAAAAGAUCUUCUGUA